ACUUCCAGAAACAAACCACUGUAAGUCAAGUUAUGUGCUUGUGGAUGUCCGGAUACAGUAUGAAGAACGCUUUCAAUGUAAAUCCAGCAGCACUCUUCCUACUGCUCGUGAUCACGUUGCGUGCAUCAUCUUCACCUCUUCAAGAUGCAAGAUCUGGCAAAAACUAUCUCCACGAUGACGACGAAGAACUUGCCAGGAAAAACCACCAUGAAGUGCCAAGACCAAAACCAAUCCACACCUUGACCACACCUCUCACCCAUGGCGGUCACUAUGGACCUAAUCCCAACUAUCUGUUACAUAGUGGAUACGACCAUCAUGAGCAUUUACCAGUCCAUGUGGUUGAUGAUAUCCACCACAGGCCAUCGUUUCCAAGCUACCAUGAGGCACCAGCUUACCCCACAAUAUUCCCUGAACGCCCGAGUCUGGUUAACAGCCAUUUAAGCUCAGUGCUUGCUCCUAUGGUGAGGAACAUUGUGAGUAAUGUACUCAUAAGCCUCGCUCAUCGUGUGUCGAGCGGUAUUGUCACGGGAUUAGCUGCAGAGAGACCACCUCCAGCAUACCAUGGUGCCUACCAAUCUCCUUACCAUUAUCGGCCAUAUUUAGAUGGUCAUAAGUCCGGCGAUGGUGUCAGUUAUCCAUAUGAUAUAGAUAAACUUGAAAUAAUGGACUACUUCAAUGAACCCAGCUUCCUCCAGCCACAUCCUUCACCAGAGCAACACAGCAUCAAGGAUUCAACCCUAUUGAAACCAUCUAAGAAAAAGAGACCAAUUAUCAUGAAAGGCGUGACUAAGAAAAAUCGUGAAUCAUCAUCUGAUUCUUCAGAACUUCUUGUCUAGAGCUAUUUUAUAACAUUGUGAUCGGAGAAAGUAAUUGUUUUUUAUCAUAAGUGAAGAUAUCAAUCAUAAUUUUAUCACAUUCAUAAUUGAAUAAAUAUUUACCAAAUUAUUCGUUACUUUUUUGUUUGUUUUUCCUAAUGGAUUUCCAGUUACAGUAUUGUAAGUACUUUAAUAUGAUAAAAACGAUUUUUUUGUCUUUCCAAAACAGUGAAGUUUUGAGAGAAUCCUGACAAUCCAUUGAUCUCUGACAAAAUAUCUUCCAUUAAGUAAAAAUAUAAUAAUAUUUAAUCAGUCACAACUACUUUUGAACUGUCAAUAAUUUGAAAGAUUGGAUAGGAUAGCCUAUAGUUUGCCAGUAUGUGAAUAUACCUAUUUAAGAAUCUUAGCCUACUGCGGUUUAUGUACUCCAGUGUAAUCGACAUUAGUUUAAAAUAACUUUUCAAACGAAUAACAUUAUUAGAAAAUAAACAUAGUAUACAGUA